AAAGAGAUGAAAAUCGAUCGUGACUCGCUCGCUGCUGUCAACUCUGGUUUUUUGGUUAAGCACGCGCGGGGGACGGCGAACAUGAGCAGAGUGCCGAAACCCGUACCGAAAUAUGGGGGCUUCCAAAUCAGAGACAACGAUUGCUCGUACGUUUGGCUCGUAGCGCCCGAGGAGCGCUGCACAUGGGUUACGAAUCAGGAAAAUUGCAUUACCGACUCUAUUAUUCAAUACACGCAACUUCUCUUUUGCUAUUUCUCUGGAAGUGCACUGUUCGGCUUCGGACUUAUUCUCAACGUUCUCUGGCUGUUCUACCUCUUCCUCAUCCUCGGCACCACCGCUGACAAUUUAAAUUUUCGUCUGUUCCCCCUUCCCCCCGGCCGGGCCCAACACGAAAACAGCUUUUGCCCGUCGCUGAGCGUAAUUGCCGAAGUUAUGCACCUUUCGGAAAACAUUGCGGGAGUUACGAUCCUGGCAUUUGGAAACGGGGCGCCCGACAUAUUCACAUCGCUCGUGUCCGACGAGCGUGAAAUGAUAAUUAUGUUCACCGAGUUGAUAGGAGCCGGAAUAUUCGUAACUGCGAUAAUAGCAGGCUCGGUCGUGCUCGUAUCUCCUUGUCGCAUUCCCUUCAAGUCCUUCACCAGGGACUGUUGCUUCUACAUUAUCGCCGUGUCCUGGAUAGCCUAUACGAGCGAGGACCAAAUUAUUCACCUCUGGGAAGCUCUCAGUCUUAUUUUCAUUUACAUAAUGUUUCUCGCGGUCGUCAUUGCGAUGCAGAUAUACGACAAUAGAGAAGAGAUGCUAAAAGGGAGAAUUCCACGUUUGCAAGAUCCUGAACUUUUGAGAACUUACGUUGCUUACCGCACGGGUAAUCAACAGUCGAACAGACGUCCGAGCGCAGGGCUUACUCUUCGAUCCCGCGCUUACAGUCUCCGAGCCAAACUCGAUGUGGCGAUAGCGACGGAAAUGGCAAUGAAAAAAAGAAUGGCAGGUGUUACGGACGACAUGGCGGCGGGAAGAUCAGCCGACGAGGAUGACGAAGCUCCGCCCCCGUCGCAUCGGCCCACAGGACUUUUUCGAGAAUUUCUGUACGACAUUAGUCCGAUAACCGCUCAAGAAUGGGCGGACGCUAACGUCUGUGUCAAAAUAAUUCUCGUGUUGCGAGCACCCGUCACCUUUGUCCUUCAAUGUAUCAUUCCCGUCGUGAACGAGACCGCAGAAAAGAGAGGCUGGUCGAAAUUAUUGAACUGCACUCAACUUGUCAUCUCCCCGACUCUAGCUCUCGUCAAAUUAGAGGUGUGGCACGUCUUUCUCGGUCCCAUGCCGAUUCUCCUCAUCGUUUUCAUCUUGAGUGUUGCUGCCGCUUCUUAUGUUUUCUGGACAACGAACGUCAAUGAGAGUCCGAAGUAUCAUAAUGCUUUUGCCUUUUUGGGAUUCGGCUCGGCUAUGCUCGUUGUGUACGUUAUUGCGAACGAGGUGAUGGCUGUGCUUCAUUGUUUUGGAUAUGCCAGCGGAAUCACUGAUGCGAUGCUUGGUAUAACUCUCUUGGCUUGGGGUAACAGUAUAGGGGAUUUGAUAUCGAACGUAGCAAUAGCAAGACGAGGUUUUCCACGGAUGGGUUAUUCGGCCUGUUUCGGUGGACCGCUCUUCAACACACUCUUAGGACUGGGACUUUCGUGGGCACUGGCUGCAGCACGCCACGAUAAUUAUCGCACAAAAAUACGCACAAGCGAUAUGAUGCCUGGAUGUCUUACUUUUUUGCUGGCUUCUCUCAUAGCAUCGUUAAUUUAUUUAAAUGUUACUGGAUUUUUAGCUCGUCGCUCUUACGGAUAUCUUCUUUUUUCUCUAUAUGCCGUUUUUCUAUUCAUUAACAUUCUCAGCGAAGUGCACUUUAUACAUCCACUUGGUACUGAUCACCGUGACAAUUAAAAUGCAAAUAUUCAGUAUCUACAAGUGUACGUACAUUUACUGUGUUUCCGGAAAAUGUCGGGUAACACGCAUGCGCGCAAACCGCGCGGGAAACUCCACGCGCCAGCUGUAUGUUUACUUUCUGUGGAAAAAAAAUUACUCUUUUGUUAUACACUGAAAUUACACCAAUUCAUUACGAAA